GUAGGGUAGGGUAGGGUAGGGUAGGGUAGAUGGUAGGUAUGUGCCUUUCUCUUGAUCCCGCCGCCUGCUGCCGCGUGUUGGCCUGGAUCGUCUUGGCCAUGCCUCUCCUUUUCUCGACUCCUCUCCCUCUCCCUCUCCCUCUCCUUCCCCAGGAAUGGCCUUCUCACUCCCCUUUUAUCCUCCCCCUGAUCCGCUCCCCUCUCGCUCCCUCACUGCUCCCCCCUUGCGUGUUGUAGCUCCACGCGACGACAACGGGAGAGCAUCACCCCUGCACCACCUAUUUUCGAGCGACAGCCGGCCUAACGCAUAACGCUUCCCCUCCCCUGUCGACGUCCCACAACUCCCCGCGGACGGCGGGCGCGCCCGUCAUGUUAUCAGCAGCAGCAGCCGACCCGCGGGCCCUGCUACUAGCCGCCGGCCUGCUCUCCCGCGCAAAGGGCGCCCUAGCAGCGGCCCCGCCGCCGUUACCACCACGCGGCGGCGGCGGCGACCAGCUCUCGUUCCCCGCCUGCGUCGACGUCUGCGUCGUCUCGGCCGGGUGCAGGCUCGACGAUGCCGGCUGCAUGUGCAGCAGCAGCAGCAGCAGCAGCAGCAGCAGCAGCAGCGGCGGCGGCGGCAAUGGCUUCCUGGGCGCCGUCGUGAGGUGCAUGCCGCGGUCGUGCACGAGCCGCGCCAUCUCGGCCGACGACUCCUUCGUGAGCAUCGUCGUCGACGCCUGCCGCGCAAGGGGCACCCCCGUGCCGCCCGCCGCCGCCGCCGCGGCGCGGGAAAUCGCCGCCGGGCUGGGUCUGCUCCGCGGUCCUCCCCCAACGGUCACCACAGCCACCACCACCACCGCCACCACCAUCAACCCGCAGAGGCCGCCACAUCCAUCGCCACCGCCAACGGCCACCACCACCGGCGGGGAAGGGAACAGCUCAACCGCGCCCGCGUCGUCGACGGCGCAGACCCCGCACGAGACCGAAUCCAAUACUGCCGGCAGUAGCGGCAGCAGCGCCAGCGACAGCAGCAACGACAACAGCAGCAGCCACCAGGCCAGGCCAACGCCACCACAGCCAAACCCCUCGCCGCCGAGCGACAGCGACCCCGCGCCGCCCCCGCGCACGGAGCCGACCGACUCGAGCCCCUUUGCCACCCCCAUCGGGCUCGCGUCCAGGGCCGCCCGGCCUGUCUCGACGUACUGGGUGCUGCUGCUGGUGUCCGUCGUGUGGCCGCUAUGA